GCUCGCUGCCUAGCCUCUGCCUUUUCCUCUCCGCCCAGCCAGUGCCCAGCGCGGGGCCCGGAUCCGGCCGGGCACUUCCCACAGGAGCCGCAGAGCAGCGUGGGUGCAGGCUGCAGUGGCUGGCGCCGUCCUCGCCCGGCCAGGCCAUGAAGGUAGAGUUUGCACCGCUCAACAUCCAGCCGGCGCGGCGGCUGCAGACGGUGGCCGUGCUGCAGUGGGUCCUGAAAUACCUGCUGCUCGGGCCGAUGUCCAUUGGAAUCACUGUGAUGAUGAUCAUACACAGCUAUUCGUUCCUUUACAUCCCUUAUUUGAUGUGGCUUUACUUUGACUGGCAUACCCCAGAGCGAGGAGGCAGGAGAUCCAGCUGGAUCAAAAAUUGGACUCUUUGGAAACACUUUAAGGACUAUUUUCCAAUUCAUCUCAUCAAAACUCAAGAUUUGGAUCCAAGUCACAACUAUAUAUUUGGGUUUCACCCCCAUGGAAUAAUGGCAGUUGGAGCCUUUGGGAAUUUUUCUGUAAAUUAUUCUGACUUCAAGGACCUGUUUCCUGGCUUUACUUCAUAUCUUCACGUGCUGCCACUUUGGUUCUGGUGUCCUGUCUUUCGAGAAUAUGUGCUGAGUGUUGGCCUGGUUUCAGUUUCCAAGAAAAGUGUGUCCUACAUGGUAAGCAAGGAGGGAGGUGGAAACAUCUCUGUCAUUGUCCUUGGGGGUGCAAAAGAAUCACUGGAUGCUCAUCCUGGAAAGUUCACUCUGUUCAUCCACCAGCGGAAAGGAUUUGUUAAAACUGCUUUGACCCAUGGCGCCUCUCUGGUCCCAGUGGUUUCUUUUGGUGAAAAUGAACUGUUUAAACAAACUGACAACCCUGAAGGAUCAUGGAUUAGAACUGUUCAGAAUAAACUACAGAAGAUCAUGGGGUUUGCUUUGCCCCUGUUUCAUGCCAGGGGAGUUUUUCAGUACAAUUUUGGCCUAAUGCCCUAUAGGAAAGCCAUCCACACUGUUGUUGGCCGCCCGAUCCCUGUUCGUCAGACUCUGAACCCGACCCAGGAGCAGAUUGAGGAGUUACAUCAGACCUAUAUGGAGGAACUUAGGAAAUUGUUUGAGGAGCACAAAGGAAAGUAUGGCAUUCCAGAGCACGAGACUCUUGUUUUAAAAUGACUUGACUAUAAAAAAAAAAUUUUAAAUAAAAAUAAAUGACUUGGCUGUAAUAAGGCAUAAAGAAGGAUAACAGACCAUCCUAUUGUGAGAAUAAAUAUUUUAAAGACGUUUAUUUUUUUUCUUUUGACUGUGGCAUCAAAUUUGCAACAGAAAAGUAUUAUUUAUGGCGAUGAAUGUUGGUGUAUCUGUGGUAAAUAAAAACACAGAUGACUGUAGGAUAAGGUUGGAGAUGACUAUAAGACAUCUAAUAAUUUUCCUUGCCUAUGAAGGCAAAAUCAUUUUACAGGUUAUGAACAAGUUUAGAAUUAUUCUUGUGCUCUGAAAAACAAAAGAAAGCUUCAAAAAGUAAUUACACCCGGCCGGGCACAGUGGCUCACGCCUGUAAUCCCAGCAUUUUGGGAGGCCGAGACAGGUAGAUCACUUGAGGUCAGGAGUUUGAGACCAGCCUGGCCAACAUGGUGAAACCCCGUCUCUACUAAAAAUACAAAAAUUAGCUGGGCAUUGUGGUGGGCACCUGUAAUCCCGGCUACAAGGGAGGCUGAGGAAGGAGAAUCACUUGAACCUGGGAGGUGGAGGUUGCAAUGAGCCGGGAUCGCACCAUUGCACUCCAACCUGGGAGACAGAGUGAGACUCUGUCUCAAAACAAUAAUAAUAAUAAUAAUAAUAAUAAUAAUAAUUAGACCCUCUUACUAAACAUCACAAUAACUUAAGGUGGUGUUUUCACAAAGUGUGACAACUGUUGUUCAGCACAGCCAGCCCAUUUGGGAGACACUGUGUAAAAUAGUUUGCCAUAUACAGCAAGAGGAAAUAUUUUUUUCUGCUUGAACAUGACAUUUGUUAGUGAAUAAAGAUACUUUUAAUAUUUAGAUAGUUUGAGCCUUUGGUCAUAUCAACAACAAAUUUUUAAACAAAAGUGCAGGAUUUUUUGCCAUUUUCAAAAUGGGUUGAAUCUGUCAUACGAAAACUCAUGUGGACAGGAGAAUGGCUCCUCAUUUCUCUAUUCAUGCUUAGAAUCAUGCUCCUUUGCUGUAGAGAGGGAAAUCUAUUCGGAAGAUAGGCUUUUGCACAUGAUUCAGGACUAGAAAUUCUGGAAAUUCCAUACCAGGAAAUUCCAAAAAGUUUUCAUGCUAAGAGAAAUGGUUUUAAUUUGCUUCCUGAAUGGCCUUUUCAUUAUAAAAUAAUCUCUAAAAGAAAGUGCCGGCUGGGCGUGGUGGCUCAUGCCUGUAAUCUCAGCACUUUGGGAGGCUGAGGCGGGUGGAUCACCUGAGGUCAGGAGUUCGAGACCAGCCUGACCAACAUGGUGAAACCCCGUCUCUACUAAAAAUACAAAAAUUAGCCAGGUGUGGUGGCAGGCACCUGUAGUCCCAGCUACUCAGGAGGCCGAGACAGGAGAAUUGCUUAAACCUGGGAGGCGGAGGUUGCGGUGAGCGGAGAUUGCACCACUGCACUCCAGCCUGGGCGACAGGGUGAGAAUCCAUCUCAAGAAAAGAAAAAAGAAAGAAAGAAAGAAAGUGUCCUCCCUGGUGAGAUACGUCCAGUUCACAGUUCGCCGGGCUUAGGACUCUUCUCUGACCCAGCAUGAGCAGGGACCUUGUCCUUCCUGUUUACUGACAUCCCCUCAGUGCCCAGGUCAGCUUAUGGCGCUUAGUAGGCACAAAGUAAGUACUUGUUUGAUGAAUGCAUUUAUAGCUAAACAUGCAAACAAACUUUUCCAUUAAGCAGAGAAUUUUUAAAGCUGUACCAUAGGAUGAGACCUGUUUUAAGGUAAGACCCACUUGCAGAAGGAGAAUAUUUGCUGUGUCUGAUUGCUCUGAACCGGUAAUCAACAAUACCGUAAGCCAAUUCACAGGGAGCAAGUCAGAAAGAGGUUUCUGAUAAUUAGUCACUAAGUGUUAAGUAACUAGUCAUUCCACAAGAAGAAUGUCUCGUUUCCAACCCAUGUCCACUGCUAGAUGUUUGCUUUUGUGCUUCCUCUUCUCCAGGUGUUCGUAGGCAACUUCAGGGAGCUGCCUCCCAACUUAUUGGUAAUAUGCCUUCAGGCUUCCAAUUUUUAAAUAUUCAGCUCUGGGCUAGAGGCUGGAUUGGGGUUUAGUCACAGCAAAAUACAGUCAUGCUGGGUAAUGCCUUAAGAAGGAGGGCAUGUCACCUACAAAAAGCCUGAAACUUCUCAAUUGCUCUACAUGAAGUUUUUUGGGCCAGAAUCCCUUUGGCUUCACCCUAGUUGAGCAAUCCAGGGGUCCACUGACCUGUGGGCUUGAAAUUACUUCAAUUUUGGUCAAAGCAGGACCUUUAACUUAUUUUUUAAAACCCAUGAGUUGUAUCCCCUUGGAGAAGUUUAUUAAAAGCCCAUGCCACGUCAUCAUUUGCAAUUUCACAGAGGUAUGCGUUUUAAUCUCACACCUAGUAGUGAGGAGGCGAAGCUGACCACCCAACAUCCGCUGGGUUAUCCAGCAGGCAGUUAAAGCCCAUGCUUGUAAAUCGGAGGCAUUAAAAAGUGAAAAAAGUUUGCUCGCAUGAAAUUAUCUAGAAUUUUGCCAUUAAAAAGUCUAGACAUAAGCAACUUUAAUUUUGGCAUACAUAAAAUGUUAUUUUUCAGUACACAUGGCAGAGGGUAUGUAGGAUGGGUUAUCUCUUCACGUAUUACAAUCUCUAGAGGUCUUAAUUUGGCCAUGCCAGAAGUCUUUUUAUGUAUUCAAAGUAUACCUGUAAGUUUCAUAUAGUCCAGUCCUGUAGAUCGCUAAUGAAUUUUUUCAUAUGAAUUUUUGCUACCAGACAAAUGUUGGCCAUAUUCACUAGUAUGGCUUGAUGGAGAUAUCUUCCAUUGUAAAGGUUCCCAUCAACUAGGUAAUUGCACAUAAAUUUUAAACAGUGGCCGGGUGCGGUGGCUUAUGCCUACAAUCCCGGCACUUUGGGAGGCCGAGGUGGGUGGAUCACCUGAGGUCAGGAGUUCAAGACCAGCCUGGCGGGGUUUCAACAUGGUGAAACCCCGUCUCUACUGAAAAUACAAAAAUUAGCCGGGCAUGGUGGUGCGUGCCUGUAAUCCCAGCUACUCAGGAGGCUGAGGCAGGAGAAUCGCUUGAACCCAGGAGGCAGAGGUUGCAGUGAGGUGAGAUUGCGCCACUGCACUCCAGCCUGGGUGACAAGAGUGAAAC